GAUGGGGGCUCCUGCCCACGGGCCGAACAGGCGGGCAGGCAGGCGGACCGAUGCCUUGUGGAGGGUCAGGGGCCACCUGGCCCGACAACCGGGCAGUGGGGCAGAGCCUGGGCGGCAGCAGCCCAUACCCAGGGAAGGCGCAGCUGUGGAGGUGGGCAGCAGCCAAGGCCAGCCUCCAGGGAAUGACGGAACCCCAUCCACCAGGCCCCCCUGAGGAGAAGGCUGGCCCCCUGAGAGAUGGCCGAAUGGGGCUCCCGGGAGCUGCUGCUGCUGUCCCUGCUGGUGUUGGCUGCAGGGGGCACAGACCACGCCUACCGGCCCAGCAGGAGGGUGUGUGCCGCCAGCACUCCCGGGGGUGAGGGCUCCGAGUCCUUCAUGCAGAGGAUCUACCAGCCCUUUCUCACCACCUGUGAUGGGCACCGUGCCUGCAGCACCUACAGGACCAUCUACAGGACCGCCUACCGCAGGAGGCCAGGGCCAGCCCCAGCCAGACCGCGCUACACCUGCUGUCCUGGCUGGAAGAGGACGGGUGGGCUCCCUGGGGCCUGUGGGGCAGCAGUGUGCCAGCCACCGUGCCAGAACGGAGGGAGAUGUGUCCAGCCUGGUCGAUGCCACUGCCCAGCCGGGUGGCAGGGGAACACCUGCCAGACAGAUGUGGAUGAGUGUCGCUUCGGCCGUGGCGGCUGCCCCCAACACUGUGUCAACACGGCGGGCAGCUACCAGUGCCAGUGUCAGGAGGGCCACCGCCUGUCCGCUGAUAGGGCUCUCUGCGUGCCCAUGAGGGGGCCCCCCACCGCGGCCCCCUGCCCCAAGCCAGGAAGGGACUGGGCAGUGCAUCAGGAAGUGCAGAGCCUGCAGUCCAAGGUGGCCAUGCUGGAGCAGAAGCUGCAGCUGGUGCUAGCCCCCCUGGACAGCCUGGCCUCACGGGCCCUGCAGCUCGGGCUCCCGGACCCCGGCAGCCUGCUGCUCCACUCCUUGCAGCAGCUGGAGCGCAUAGACUCCCUGAGCGAGCAGAUCUCCCUGCUGGAAGAGCAGCUGGGUGCCUGUGAGUGCAGACCCCGGGCCGGGAAGCCAUGAGGGAUGGGGUGACCUCUGACCCGUUUCCCCCACCCUCCUAGGCUCCUGCAAGCAGGAACGGUGACUGGCUGGGCCCCUGGAGCCCUUCCCGCCUCACGCCCAUCCGCCCUGUGCUGGCCAGCACGGGCUCCGCUCCUGGUCAGUGAGCCAUUCGACCCUCGGCUGCCAGUCUCAGGGAUGGGGCACUGUAUGGGCGCGGGAACCCAACCAGUCGGGCCUGCUGCUCCCCUUGGCCUCUGAGCCAGGCCCAGGCUGACCCUGAAGCCCCCAGGUGCCAAAGGAGCCCCGUUAUCCCCACCCCACCCCCCAUCCCCCACCCAAGCCCAGCUGGGCUGCCUUCCCAGAGGGGCCGGUCCCCUGGUGUUUUGUCAAAUAAAGAUUAAACUUGAGGUCCU